AGAAGUGUUCUUAACAAACAAAUCACAGCCAAAAGCAACGCGGGCAAGUGGCAACAAAAACCAAAUAGCGAGAGACAACAAGGUAAAGCGGGAAAGAUGCUGCAGUUUCCGGCAUUCAUGACGCAGUUUCCGGCGUCGGAGAGAAUGAUUCCGGCGUCACUUCUGAUGCAACAUCAAUUAGUAAAUGCACCUAGUGAAGAAGAGCUUUUAGCCAUGGAAGAAGCCGAGUUCCUCGAAAAGUGUAAUGAAAUCAAAAAGUUGAAUAACGACAUUGUUGUGAUCGGAAAGAUGAAGGUGGAUAAUGAUAAAGAAGAAAUUGACAAUGAUGCAGAAGAUGAUGAUGAAGCUGACAACGCUGAUGAAUCAGAAGGCGAAUUUGAACAGGAACCUUCCUAGAUAUCCUAUUGGGACUUGACGGAUUAUACGUCUACUAUGUACUACCUUGUGGAUCGUGUGCAGUUUUCGGCUUGCCAACUACUUCUUGUUUCUUUUUAUGCAUGGCAAGAGUUUGUAGUAGUUCAUCAAAAGAAAUUAUGCAACUUUCGACAGAUUCAGUUGUUUCUAUCAGAUGUUAUGUGGUGUUAUAAAUUAUGUCUAUAUUUAAACUUUUAAGUAUGAAUUACGGAUGCAAUGUUCAAAAAUAUGUGAGUGAAUAUAAGGGGCAAAA